CGAAAAAGCAAAAGCACUUGUCAGAUAAAAAAUCAACAAAUUUACAAAACAUUCUCAGAAAAUUUAAGCCGAACACAGAGUGAGAAAAAAGAAAAUCAACCGCAAAGCCAAAAAACAUGAAAAUCUGUAGGCCAGAAAUAGAGUCACCCACAGUUUUGAAAAUAAAUUAACUUACAAGAAUUUCAUGGACAAGUCAUCGCGUCCCAAACGAAAUCGUCGUCACAGCAGACGCGCCUGGCCACCGGAAGAAGAGCCACAGUCAGCAGCAACACGACCUACAAAACGAUUGUUUACGCCCGACAUUAAAAGAAUGCUUAAGGAUUGGCUGAUACGUCGUCGGGAGAACCCUUAUCCCAGCAGGGAGGAAAAAAAACAGCUCGCGGCGGAGACUGGGCUAACCUAUACCCAGAUCUGCAAUUGGUUCGCAAACUGGCGAAGAAAGCUGAAGAACUCUGAGCAAGAAAAGGCUAAGAAAUCGUGGGGUCACCUAAUAAAGAAUUAUAACCACAAUGCAAGGGGCAAUGUAGAACAAUUUAGCAUCUCGUCAGAGGACAGUAUAUGGGAGGAGGAAAUGCGCGUGGAUGAUGACGAUGGCGACGAUGACGAUGAGUUGUCCAGCCAUAGCACUGGCAGCGAUGGGAAUGCCAAUAAUGAUUCAUCUUCUCCAUAUAAGCAAAAUUUUUAUUUAGAAUAUGGAGACUUGUCCGGACGGAUACCAAUCUUAGAAGAAGUACAGAAGGGGGGCAGGACCAAGUACAAGAACCAGAUGAUGGAGAAAUACAUGCGGGAUAGUUCUACAACGGAAGCGGCCAAUCAACCGGGGACUCAAUUUAAGAAAUGGCUUGACAGUGCUUCUAAAUUCACGCCGGAAAGGAACAAUUAUCACAUUGAGUGGAAUAUGAGCAGGCAGAAGAGCAACAGUACAACUAGCUGUGGGUCGGUGAUCUUCACAAGCGAGCCUGCUGCGGCUGAUCGCGCUAACUGCUGGAUGCUCCAUCACAAGGAUGAGCUCGAUGCCGCUGAGGCCUUGGCCAACCUCGCCUUUAACUACAGGCAGCGCUGGCACCAUACCAUGAUCAGCUCGUAGGCCAGACAACCGAAGACUUCACAACUGACGCCAUCAUUCCAGCAGAAGUUUUAUGCACCGUUGGAAAAAGCAAUCUAGUCAUACAAUAUUUCUGAUUUUUAUAUCCGAACUUUCUUAACAGUACUUGGUUACACAUUUUGUUAAGGUCAAUCAUAUCUGUAAAAAUGAAUAUCAGUUCGAAAAUAAACAAUUUUUUUGCAAAAAAUUUUAGAUUGAAAA